GAAUCCUCCUAAUUGUCCACUGAUUGGUGUAGCCCCAUGUCCCAUGACUGACGGGUGAUCCCUCUUCUUGCAGGCUCUGCACAACCGCUAUUCGCGGAGCCUGGACACCAUCCUCAGGGGCCGCCUAACAGAGACCCCCACCAUGGAGAAGCUGCAGCACCUCCUGGAGCACAUCCAUCGCUCUCUCCUUUCAAACAACACCCAGGAGAGAGCCAGGGGCGUCCAGACCAGCGCGGCCCUGCUCCAGUUUGCCACCUCCCUGCCUGGAUUUGACACCUCCUCCACCUUCUCCAAGGCAGGUGAAUUCGUGCUGCAGCUGGGUCUCUGGAUAUCCCACCCAGCCAGUGACAUCAGUCGGCAUGCCAAGGGUGGGAUAUACUGGCUGCACAAGCUCCUGCUCCAGAAGAGGGGGCUCAACACCAGAGAGGCCCCAGACCUGUGGUGCCGGGACGGGCUCCAUGACCCCGAGCGCCUGGGGUAUAGAAACCUGACCAGGGUGGGAGAGGUCUUUGGAGAAAUAUUCAGCGAAGAGCAGAAGAGCAGUUUCCUCCAGGUGGGCCUGCUGGCCAUCCACCACCCCUUUCUCCGCGUCAGCCAGGCUGGCCUGGUGCUGACCUAUUCCAUCUUGGGGGAAGCCGGCCAGCUGCUAGAGGAUGAGGAGGACAUCACAGCCUACAUAAUGGUCCAGCUAUUUAAUAUCAAGGUCUUGGGCAGGUGCCCGACGCCCUGCAGGGGCUGUGCUCCGUGGGGCAGCAUUGAAGGCCCCCCGUCGCAUGACCAGCUCAGACCCCCUGCCGCAGCCUCGCUCCAGGCCCUCCACCCACCCGCUCCAGCCCUGCCUCCUCCUCCUCCUGAUCUUCCCCAAGCCCUCCGAUUUCGACCUUUGCGUGGAUAUGUACUUUGCCUCGUACUUCUGACCACCCGGCUUCGACCUCCGGCCUGGACAUGGACACUGGCUCCGGUUCUGCCUGCACAUACUCAACACCUGGCAGCAGUAGACAGGCCCCACCAUUAAUCAAACCCUAACCCCGCCCCAUGACCCCUUAGUCCCUCCCACCUGUUACCGGAAGUCCUGCCCCAUGGGGGUA